CAAAUCCAAAACAAGAUUCUGGGAGCAAAGCAGCGUUAUCAUGAAGAGAUGUUCAAUCGAAGAUGACGAAAUUCACAAUACUUAAGUUUCGGUCGAGUUGUUGGCAUUUGGAUGGAGAUGUUCGUCAAAGGGACCAUUUUAUUUAUUAUAAGGAACAACGUUUAUUCGAAUUUGUUGCUCUUCCCUAAUGGAUAUCGGAAAUGAGAAGCAAAACAAUGUCACAAAUCAACCUGCUGGCCUUGCUACUAAACGACAAGGGCAAUGGAGGGCCGUUUGUGGAGCUGAUCAAAGAUUCUACUUCGUAAACUUAGACACCAAUGUAACACAAUGGCUGCCACCAGUAGAUCUUUGGUCCAGUAAGUUUGGUCUUCCAUAUGGCUGGGAAGCUGGUGUAACUAAUAGUAAUACAAAUUACUUCAUCAAUCAUGUCAACAAGAUUUCCACUCUGGAGGAUCCACGCUCUGAGGCCGAACAAGCAAGCACACAUUUGCAAAUGGCGGCCGCACGAGCUCGAAUAGUUCAAAUCAAAAGAGAUCCGUCUUUGGGGUUCGGGUUUGUUGCUGGUAGUGAAAAACCUGUCGUCAUUCGUUCUGUCAUCUCGGGCGGGCCGUCACAUGGAAAGCUAUUUUCUAACGAUCAGAUUCUAAAAGUUAACGGAGUAGACGUUAGUGAAGUGCCUCAGGAACGUGUCAUUAGUCUUAUCAAGGCGUGUAGUGGUGAGUUAGAGAUCCAUGUUGUAUCUAGCGAAGACUUGCAAGAUGCCAAGAAUCAGGGCCCGCGAAGAUCAUCGUUAAUGAGCAGAGCAACUCGAGAAAGACGUCGAUCGUCGCCUGUUAAUGUGCGCUUCGCCGACGAUAUGGUGCAGUAUAUUGGUCCUGCCGAACAAGCCAGAAGAGCUUCUUUGCCUAUUCUACCGAACGUACUUAAAGUUUUCCUAGAAAACGGCCAAACAAGAUCAUUUCACUACAACCCCAAAACUACUGUACAGGAAAUCUUCAAUACCUUGGGUCCUAAGCUCGAUAUAAAGGCAAUGGAGUAUUUUUGUCUUGUCCUCAGUGGGCCCCAAAAGAACCAGCUAUCCUUCUUACAAAAUCACGAAAAAGUCUCCGAGAUAUAUUUGAAUAGAAACUGUAGUCGUUCUUCUUGGGUUUGUAAACUACGGAUUUGUUUUAUUCCACGCCAUCCCAACGAAUUAUUAGAGAAAGAUCCAGUCGCCUUUGACUAUCUUUAUGACCAGAUAAGUAAAGACAUUGUAGAUGGAUUAUUCGAGAUUGACCUCAGAUACGAUCUAGCAAUCAAGCUCGCAGCUCUUCACAUGCAGCAGAAAGCCACAGAAGCCAAAAAUAAGAUGCCAACAAAAAUUUCCGUUAAGAGUGUCGAAAAAGACUUUGAUGGACUAGGGCACUUUCUUCCUGAAAACAUAAUAAACGGUGUGAAGCUUAAAGAUUUAAGAAAAGUACUGGAACAGCAGAUUAAGUUUAAUCAGAGUUUGGCAGGACUUGGUCAACGGUAUUUGACAAGCAAAGAGUGCAAGAAGCAGUACUUGAAUCUGGCAAGUGAACUGGUGUGUUUUGGAGGAAAAUACUUCAAUGUCAUACUUUAUUCUAACGAUGGUGGUGCAGGCAGUGACACGAAGUCACGCAAGGCGAGACAUCAAGAGGCAACUGUUCUUGUUAGUCCUAAGUAUGGCUUAAGUCAGAUGGUAAAAGGCAAGAUUAAUGUGCUAUGUCAACUAGCUGAACUGGAACAAAUCUCUGAGUUCUCCAUUUCAUUUCACGCUGAAGGAAAGCGACUUUUGACAAUAACAAUGGCGGAUAACAAGGAUUUGGUAUUACUAAUGAAACCCUUGGAUAGCAUGGAUCUUGUUACUUUUAUCGUUGGUUAUCAGAAAUUAUGGAAUUGCACCAUAGCAAAACUUACUAUUAAAGGAGAGAAACAGGAACCGCUUGCUCCGUUGACUGACCAUGAUAUCCCACUGUACGCAUCGUUGCACAAAGUCAUCCCAGACACCUGGUCCUACCCAUCUUUUCUGCAAGUUCCCGGCAGCAAUUCUGAUCAUCAUUUUAAUUUAGACUUGACAAAAGAUCCACCCAAGUACACUCCAUCUAACGCGGGAGAUGCAAAUGGACCCGUGAAUGAUAGCAAUUCAGUAGAUGUAGAUAGCAAUCAUAUUGCUGCAAAACGUUCCUCCGAAGAAAUCAAUGCAGAUGAAACAGACGAGGAAGUUGCGCCUUCCGAGUCUGGUUCUGGGAAAAGAUUUAAGGUUGACAAUUCGGGGUCUUCCAACGAACAAGGAACACGAACCUCCCUUGAAAGUGAAAAUGACUCUGAGAUGGUGGAUUCACCAAGUAAAACGCGUACGUUGUACAGCAUCGCAGAAGAAAGUCAAAAUUUGAAAAACGAAGAUCAAGAACAGGACGAGGAUGAUUAUAUUUCUCAACUUACUAUGGCUGAAGAAAUUUGGCGUCGGAACAGAAAUGAAAGAAUAGAGUUCUCAUUAGAGGCGUCUUCAAGCGAAAGUCAAAAAGAAUCUCAAGAUUUUGAGAGCAGUGAAAAUGCUAGUCCUGAUGAAAUUAAGGAAUCAAAUCAAAUACUUAACGAUAACAUAGAAAAUGAAAAAGAUGGUGAGCCAGAUAGGAUGGUAGGUGACGAUGCAGAUAGUGAUGAAGAAAUUGAGCCCUUUUAUGAGGGGAGGAAAUCAAGUCAUCAAGAACACAAUAAGGAUGAUGAUGAAGUGAAUCUCGGUGAAGGAAUCACUGGCAAUGGAGAAUACGAUGGAGAGAAAUUAGAGCAUGAAGUAAUACGCGAUUUUUUGAAAAAGGAUUAUGUGGAGGCGAAUGAGCUGCAACAAGGGAGAAGCGUCCAGAGUCUUGAUAUAAAUGAUAUUGACCUUGAUGACGUUUCUGGAACUUCUGCGAAGGAUUCUCUUGACCUUCUUGCUGAUUUUAGUUUUACUGGGGAUAUCGACCCCCACGAAAAUGGCUCACCAGCAGAUAUGAAAAAUGGGGAAGACUUUUUAAAGUAUGAAGAUAAAUUUCAGUAUGACCAUGAUGAUGAUGAGGAGGAGGAGGAGGAGGAGGACGAUUAUGAUCAUGAUGAUCGCAAUGAAGAAAAUACUGGGAACCUUCUCAAAAUCGAAACAGAAUUCUCAUCAAAUGUAGGCAAACACUCAUCCGAUGGCUUUACUAUUACCACAAGUGAAAAGGACAAGCCUUCUUUUGAGGACACUUUCGAUAGAUUAUCUUCCGAGAAAAUAGACUUUUUUGAUAAAAAAGAAAACUUUGGGGACUCAGGGGAAAGGGACUUGGAUGAUAAGAAAGACUACGCAUCGCAAAACAAAGCAUCUAGCAAGGAAGAUGAAGAAGAUAAAAAUAUUGAUGAAAACGGUGUCAAUGAAGUUGGGAUUCAAUUGCUGUCUUAUAAGCAAAGGGAAGACCAAGAUAUCCUAGCUGUAAGGCGACCCGUGAUGCCCAAAGAAACAAACGAUUUCAACGACGAAUUGUUGGCGGAUGGCAGUAUCGUGGAUGGAGGUAAUGGACUGGAGGAAAAGGAUUCUGAUUUGUCAUCCUUAUCAUCCCAGGGCUCAAAUAACGUUGAUAGUGGUCCUAGGUAUCAGGAUUCCAGAGUUGUGAGUGAAGAACGAAAUAAAAUGUCUAACUUCAAAGCAAAAGUUAGUAUUGACGAAGUGGACUCGCUGGUUGAAUCUGACACAAAAAUGAGUAAUAAUUUGUCAAAAGCUAAGCAAAAAGGUACUGAUGAGAAUAAGGUACUCCUUUCACAAAGCUACCUUAACGAGGUAGAGCAGCAUGGAAGGCGCAAAAACACUUUACCUGGAAGAAUGGACCAAGACGACGAGGAUAACAGUCCAAAAACUUUAAUUUCUACUGAGCACGACAACGACGAUUCGAACGAAGUCUCCAAGAUGGAUAGAAGAAUUGAUGAUGUAGUGGAUGUUACGACGAGAGACUUGAAGAAUGUUAUGGACAAAUCCUCCCCAAUAGUUUUACUGCUCGGGAAUGAUCCUGGCGAUUCGGAAGACACUUUAGAUAAUUUAAACAAAGACCCCACAGACAAUGGCGACGCUAUUUUAACGAAGGAUGACAUAGAUUUUCAGGAAUUUUCACUAAUGGACUGGAUCAUUCCUUCUCCUCCAGGAUCAACCGAAGAACUCCUUGACAGCGAUAUCUUUGUUGCUUCUCCUCCACCCAUUAGCCCUACUUUUAAGUCUAUAUCUUCUCCCCCUGUCGAACUGAAUGACAACCUUUUUAAUGAGUUAGAAAUAGAUGGUAUGAUUCUUCCUCCGCCACCUAUGGCUUCCUCUUUUAGAUCCGUCAUAAGAAUUGUAUCUCCGCCUCCUUCACAUGUAGAUGGCUCUAUCCAAAAGGAAGAACCAAUAUCAACUGGAAAAUAUAAAGAAAACAUCAUUAACGAUAUAGAAAAGAAUAGGCAAAAAUUGGAAAAUCUCAAGUUGGAAGAUUCCAAAAAUGUAGCAGACGAUGAAUUCGUGCCUGUGAAUUUGACUCAAUGCCGGUCAUCGGAAUCCUCGAGCUCGAUUUUUACAGAUGACUAUAAUAGCGCCGGUAGCAUGGUGUCUUGUUAUAGCUUAAGUAAUGAUUCGCAAAGGACUUCCGAAGAUGAGUUUUUCGACGAUGAACGUAACGAGGUAUUUGGGGAAAUCCAAGAUCUAAGUGUUAGGAAUGUUGCUUUAUUUAAGACACUGGAGCCGGGUAUAACAGGACACAAGGACAUAAGAGUAAAUCCCUUUGAAGAAACAUCUUCGUCACAACCCCCUGAAAAAAAUAUGGAAAUGCAACAAGAAAGAAAUGACGAACUAAAGAACUGUAUAACUGAUGGAAUGAGCGUUUUAGCUCGGGAUAAAAGCAGUGAAAAUGGUGUCCCGGAGGUGAUUGACCAAAUUCCUUUGGAAGAGAAACCAGUUACCGACAUUCCGAGGAAUGGUAUGCCAUAUGAAAACGACUACGAUUGCUUAGAUGAAGUACCAUUCACGAUGGAAAAUGACACCUUGGUGAACAAGGGCUUUGAAACUAAGCCGCAUUUACCAAAGCAAAGUCAACACAGAGCUAUAUCGCUAUCGACUAAUGCGCAAAAGAAUGACAAGCAAUUCGUCGAAGAUACUGAACAGAUUAAUGCAGGUCCAGUGGGACUGAGCGGAAAAUUUGAGAAGUCACAUGUCGAACAAGUUUCUUUGGACAAAUCGACAACUGACAAAGGAUAUGUGAAAAAUAGGACAAAAUUAUUUGAAGGACAAGAAAAACCUGUAGACUUUAAUAGAAUGAAAAAUAAAUCACCAACUAUUUCUCCGAAGAUGAAAGACAAUGUUAAUGGUACCAAGAAGCAACAAACUUUAACUGACAACAAAGUUGACGAAAGUAAAAACCUAAACGUGAAAACCCCUAAGCAAUCGUUAAAACCUUCUGUGACCAAACAACAAACAAUUCCUGUAUUUCUUCCUUGCUACCUGCUAAAAGAAUCCAAUGAUAAGCCGUCUGAAGAAGAAGAGGUGAAUCCUCCUUCGAGUAAUUGGAAUUUGGAAUUGGAAAGUGAGGCUGUCACUGACGAAGACAAAAGUCCUCGAUUGCAGAGAAAAGCACCAGUUAAAAGAACCAUGAACAACAAGAUGCCUACUCAGCACUAUAAAGAUAUGGUUUACAAUGAAGGUAAACUCGAUGUGGGUUCGUCUGAUGAAUAUGUGAAAAUUGAUGGUGCUGGCGCCGUAGAUAAAGACCAUUUGGGUGAAAACAAUGGUGAAAUGGGUCUCGAUGACGAAUCUUCAGUUUUUAAAAGAGAAUGUCUUUCUGCAAAAAUUGAAACCGCAGAUUUAACUGAAAGGAUGAAACUCAGGCUUCAAGGUUGUGUUGAUGAUUGUCAAAGCUCGGCAUUAAAGUCUUCUUAUUUUCCCUAUGCAAACAGCAACAAAUGGAAAGAGGGAGUCCACGAUAAUGCUGUGCUUCUGGGAUCUGACCUCAAACUUCUCAAUAUAAAUGUCCAAGAAAUGAACAGUGACGUCAUCCCGACUAUAAAAUCAUCGUUAGAGAGUCUUCAAAGUCUAGUCAGCUCUUUUGUUUUAGCUUCAACUUCACAUCAGAGAAUCUCUCUUUAUAGCGUACGAAUGCUUGCUGGAAUCCUAAACGAUGUCGUAUCUCUUUACAACGACUUAAUUGUGAAGGUCGAAGAAGCAGCAAGAUUUUAUCCUAACGAAUCGAGAUUGCAAUCCGUGGCAGAGAAAAUGUCUUCUAUGACAGCUCUUAUAGCCUCUUUAAGGCGUACUUUGAAAAGAUUAUGACAUCAACUGCCUGCUAGAAAAGUUUGUUAGACUUGACGAUGCUCUCAAAUAAAAUGAUAUUAUUAUGAGUUCUCCAGUAUAUGCCACGCCUUUGUAAAACGAUUUUCGGAUCCAAAAUGGAGAAGAGAAAAAGGUCUUGUAAAGAUGUCCCCCUGCCCCCAUUUUCGCCCUUUGGUUUUCGUACAUCCAGUCCUUGUCUCUACCGGCCCCUUGAGUUUUUGAAUUUCCUAUAGAGUGCUCUGUUAGAACUGGUACCAUGAUGUCAAACUGUUGGACUCAUCAUAAAAGAAUAACGAUUAGAGUUCGUAAUUUUCACCUUCACAUCUUUUGGUAAAGAUGACCCUUUUGUACCUUGAAAACAUCUAAAUAGGAAAUAGUUUUCACAUAAUUCUAAUACACAGAUUCACGGCUAGGUUGAAUUAAAUGAAUUUCAGUAACUUCUAGAUUGGCGACCAACUAGAGGUAUCAUCUUAGUGCAAGAAUCCUCAUUGGGUCUUUGAAAACUAGCCACUAAAUAGAGGUUGGCUGCUUAAUAGAAGGCCUACUGUACUAAGGGCUCUUUCUAUUAAGUUGAACUGACCAGUUCUAGCGGCCAGUUCUCAAAUGGUAUGCAUCAGUUCUAUAGAACUGGUUGACUGAGUUCUAAAAACUAAUGAGAACUGACACGUAGAAUUUGAGAACUGGCCACUAGAACUGGUCAGUCCGGCUUAAUGGAAAGCGCCCUAAGUUAAGCUGAGUCGUAUCCAGCCUCAUUAAGGGACAAAUCUAUGUUUUGCAGUGAGGACACUCGAACAGUGAACGCUUCAAGUUUUUUGUCAAUUUUUCUAAAAUACAUACUGUAAUCUAACCCUAAUCUAUCAGUCAGUGAGCACAUCGAUUGGAAAUGACAUUCAUUUUUUUCACUCGUGUACUUGAAAUCAUUGAUUUACCUUAUAGGGUAAGAAACAGUAGAAACUUUAGGAAAUAAUAACCUGAAAAAAAAUUAAGGUUUUCAUGGUUCAAGUGUCUUCAAUGUAAACCUUAUUUUCUUAAGGUGAAUAUCAGUGCUGUGCACUUUACUUUAGUACAAUUUUCUAUCCAUGAUCAAUUAAUUCCGUUUUAUUUAAAAUACUAUAAAUAAAAAUAUGUGGGCUAUAAA